AAAAAUCCAUAUUUCAGAUGGUAAUUUCAAGGAGUUACAGAUCCAAACUGCAUUGCAGGGAUUAAAGUAUAAAUUCCCAAAAAUAAGUGCAGAAAGGAGCAUUGGGUAGGUGAAUAUCCUCCCAAAAGGUCCAACACCAUUUAGGUAAUAGUUAUAAAAAUAGAUAACGCCCCUUAGCAGCAGCUGGUAGGUGACUUUUUACCUGAAAAAUGUCACCUACCUGUGAUGUAAUCUCAUUUAAAUGCCAUUUUAAAUGCCAAACACUUCAGUUGCAUUUUCCAAUUCAACAUGAAAUCACUUCUGACUAUCUACAUUUUGCUAUCCUUUGGAGAGUUAGGCCUCGCUAACAUGGCACAAAUGCGAAAGAAAUCACACACCGAGGAAUUCGAAGGAAUGCCAGCUCUGUUCAGGGCCAUGUCCUCUUCUCCAAACGAUGGAUACACCUACAAUUGGAGCGUGGUCUCAUUUUCAACAAAUGGACAACCAGGAUCCGGUAUAAACUGCACCGUUUUGUAUCUGGAUCAGUGCACAUCCUGGAAUAAGUGUAGACAGACCUGCCUGAAAACCGGAGCCACCAGCUAUAGGUGGUUUCAUGACGGAUGCUGCGAGUGUGUGGGAGAACUUUGCACGAAUUAUGGCGUAAAUGAGAGCAGAUGUCGACUAUGUCCUGAACCCGGACUUGAAGAUGAAGAGGAUUGAAAAUUACUUUGGCAAGAAUAUAUGUUCUAAUGCCAGCUAGAGGCUAAUUAUCGCUAGGUCAAUGUAAUUCCAAUUUAUUUUCUAGAUUAUGAAAACUUAAAAUUCGAUUUAGUUUAACAAAAAU